UUCGUACCAGCGCUAUUGAAUCUGCCAGAAUCAGUUCAAGUAACAGCAAUGUACGUCGUGCAGAAGAUUGAAGCUAUUCCAGUGAUCAGUGAUGACACAUCAACUACGGAACAUUCAACUCGUGAGACAUCGACUGUAUCCGAGAAGUCGAAUGAACAGGUGGCGGCGCUAAGCGCUGAUGUGGAGCAUUUGCAUUCGGAACGAGAUCGAUUGAACAGAGAGGUGAGAUUCAUUUGUGAGAUUUAUUUGAGUAUUCUACAAGACAACAUAUGA